AUGUGUGGCAUUCUUGCUAGCAUCUCAGUCGAGCGCUUCCCGCGUCGCAAUAGACACCAUAAUACCAAUAACAACCAUAAUACAGUGGUAAACGGGGAUCUCAAAGACACUCGAAACCAUGAUGUGGUCGUAAAUGGGGAACUUGAAGAUCAAAAAAGGCAGCGAGCCCUUUUGACUACGCAACUAGAGGAUGGCUUGACGGAAAUAUCCCAUAGGGGACCUGAUAACUCUCAUGUGUGGACUACAGAAGAUGCUAGAGUUGGCCUCGGUCAUGCGCGCCUGUCGAUCAACGAUCUGUCGAUCGACGCCGACCAGCCCAUCCAUAGCGACGACGGGACAAUACACGCAGUGGUCAACGGGGAAGUGUAUGACUUCGACAGGCUCCGUCAGGUCCUGACCGACGAGCACGGGUACCACUUCAAGAGCCACAGCGACAGCGAGGUGCUGGUUGCCUUGUACAAGGUCUACGGGGCUCCCGACUUCAUCGAGCACGUCCGAGGCGAAUUCGCCUUCAUCUUGUACGAUGAGCGCAGGGACCUUGUCAUUGCCGGGAGAGAUCGGUUCGGCAUUAAGCCACUCCACUGGACAUUUGUCCGCGAUGAGUCAGGGGAGAAACGCUUACUGGUAGCAUCCGAGGCGAAAGCAUUCCUGCCAUUGGGCUGGCAGCCAGAAUGGGACGUCGGGGCCAUUGUCGAUGGCGGGUACAUGAACGGUGAGAGGACCGUCUUUAAAGAUGUCCACAAAGUCCUGCCUGGCUGCUGGUUGGAGAUGCACGGCGAUGGGACCGUACAUCAUCACAGAUACUGGGAUAUGGAGUAUAACGAAAAGGAUAAGGUUGAAACACGCCAACUUGACGACAUCAUUUCAGGCGUCCGGGAGCGACUCACCGAGGCCGUUCGGCUCCGAUUGCGGGCUGACGUGCCUGUCGGGAUCUACUUGUCCGGAGGCAUAGAUUCUUCCACCGUGGCGGGAAUAGUGGCACACCUCGUCCGGGAAGACGGCGUGUUGGCGGGCACGGAGGAUGCAAGCAAGCAUAUCCGGUGCUUCACGAUACAGUUCCCUAGCGGGUCCGGGUUUGACGAGUCUGAUAUUGCCGAUCGAACGGCCGAGUGGCUUGGCGUCGACCUCGCCAAAAAGGACAUGAACGAAGGCACCUUGGCGGAGUACUUUACCGAUUCCAUUUUCCACACUGAACUUCCUUGCCACGACCUGGCAGGUGUUGGAAAGUAUGGCCUGUCGAUGGAAGCCCGAGACAACGGGUUCAAGGCCGUCUUGUCUGGUGAAGGAUCUGACGAGAUCUUUGCCGGAUACCCCUUCUUCAUGCGCGACAUUUUGAAUGAGCCGGAUCUCUCAAUGCCAACGUCCCCAUUGGCCAAAGAUCAGAAAACGAGACUCGAUCUGUUGAAGAUGACCGACGAUGUCCUCGAAAAGGUGAUGAAGUGGUCCGGCCUAUGGUUGCACCGCCCAGACCAAGACCCCUCCGCCGACGACGUCCAGGGCGUAGCGCCAACGCUCUACUUUCAACCAUCUCUGGCCACCUGGGCGCCCUGGGUGUCUCGUCGCUGGCCAAACAUGAAUUGCCGCGCUACGGUUGCCGCUUCACACGACCCCAAGGUACGCGCCAAGAUGGCCAACCGCUGGCAUUCGCUGCACACGGCCGAGUAUGUGUGGACAAAGUCAGUGCUGCCCAACUUUAUACUCAGCACGCUAGGUGACCGGGCCGAGAUGGCCCAUUCGAUUGAGGCCCGGACACCAUUCCUUGACCACCACCUCGUCGAGUACGUAAACCGGCUGCCGCCUUCUCUCAAGUACGCAUACACGCCCGAGACGGAAGACUUUGGCGAGCAGGGACCGUACUGGACAGAUGGAACUGCGCCGCAGAAGCUGCUCACGGAGAAGUGGAUCCUACGCGAAGCGGCAAAGCCAUUCAUUACGGAAGAGCUGUACCAGCGGAAGAAACAUCCCUACUCGGCCCCGUUUAAGUGGCCCAAGGGAGGACCCAUCUACCAGAUGCUGCAGAAGCUGUUGACGAGGGAGGCUGUGGAUAGCCUGGGUUUCUUGAACUACGAAGUAGUUGAGCAGGGGUUCAACAAGGGAUUUGGUGAGGAGGCGGAGGCCCGCGCGUUCCGGAACCUGUUGGUGUACGCCAGCCUGGUGACGAUAGGCCAGAGAUUUGACGUGAAGAAGGCAGAGUCAAGAGAUUGGGCACAGGUGACGGGGCGUGUCUAA